AUGACAAAAAGUCCAACCCUUGUGGAUUUGAAUAGUUGUUCUUCCUCAUCUUCAUCUUCAACCUUCAUGUUUCCAUCACCGACCACUCCAACAACAACAACAACAACAACGAAUGCCAUACGUACAGAAAGCUUGAAUGAAACGACUCUAACCAAUCAUAAUAUGAUGAUUGAUCAACAACAACAACAACAACAACCUUCAACGAAUCCUUCACCUACCAAUAAUAGCCAUCCUCGUACGCACCCUCAUCAUCCUCCUCCUCCUCCUCCUGCUAGCAAUCAUCCUAACAACAACAACACAAUGCCCAAACCUUCUCUCUCAUCUUCAUCACCACCUCUCAAUUACUCCAUUCUCGUAGGUCCUCCCAUCAUUUCAGCACAAGCUGUUGCGAAUGGCUGUAAAUCAUGUUAUACACGACCUCCUCAUCUCAAAGCCAAAUGUUGUGGUCCUGGAAAAGCCAAAUUAUUCAAGAAGAAGUCCAAGAUUUUGAGUGUUGUGGUUUCAUCAGCAACGACAAGUAUGGAAGGAAUGGCCACCAACACAACAAUGAAUCAUGAGGAGGAUGACUCAUCUGAAGAACAACAAGAAAGCCACCACCACCACCACCACCUCACACUGCUCAUGAAUGAGGUCACAACGACGUCGUCGAUGGACCAACACCAACAACACCAACAACAAGAACAUUUAGAAGAGGAUUCUAAUGUUGUUUCCACCACCACCAGUAGCACCACAAUAACGUCGUUGUCGAAGAACCAUCCAGGUACUGUUUUGAGAUCCUCCCAACAAUCUCCUCCUUCCUAUAUUCAUUUGCUUGAAAAGAAGAACCAGCACCACCAGCACCAGCACUCUACAAAGAGGUCCAACCCUCUUCUCACUCAGGAAGAAUUGUUCUCCUCUCCACUACUUCCAACAUCAUCAGAAUCAUCCUUCUCCACUAAUACUACUUCAAGUACAACUCCAUCCACUCCUUCCCUUCUUGUUUCAACGAUGGAUACUAAUAAUACGAACAACUAUAACCAACAACAACAACAAGGACCACCACUUUCUACUACUUGCAGUAUCGAUGUAACCAUACAUCAUGAUGGAAUUGAAAAACCUUCUCGUAUGAGAUCGGUCUUGAGUGGUUUGUUGCAACGAAAGAAUCGAUUAUUGGUUUCUUUUGGUUUUGGGAGUGCCCAGAAUGAUCCUACGAAUAGUAAUAGUACGACGAGUAGCAAUAGUAGCACUCGUGGAGAACCAUUCAACAACAAUAACAACUCAGAUCACAACAACCACACCACGAAAUAA